CCUGAUAAUACAGUCUACGGUGAUGCUGAGAACAGAAAUCAUGGGACGGAUCUUGCUCUUUGUGGUGCUGCUGCAAUUCUUGCCCUGCCAGUCGAUCGACAUUUGCCGUGGAACAAAAAUUCGUAUGGAUAACUUUUUGAGUCGAAUGCCUUAUUUCAAAAGAAAUCAGACCAUGGACGAUUCAACCCUGCAAGGUAACGCAUACACGAUCCCAGGCGACGGAUUGCUGUUGGACUACCCCCCAGGCGUUGGGCACUGUGGUGGAAAGUACCCGAUUUGGGAGAAAGAACGUAGACAAGGAAAAUCCGUGAUGUGCAUACAGAAUGAGCAAGAAACAUGUUUCAAGGAAUUUGAGAUCUUGACUCAAUAUUGCGGUAGUGAUGUGUUUCAACUGAGAACUAAUGUGACAGGGAGCGUCUUCUGUGUUCAACCCAAUUUCUGUUCUGGUUACCCCUGUCACAAUGGAGGUACAUGCAAAUCGAAGCGUGAUGGUUUUUCCUGCACCUGUCCUACAGGCCUCUUUGGACCUACAUGUGAAGGAGAUCCAUGUGUUCACAAGAGCCCAUUGCCUCGUCUGGAUGAACGACAGCCUUCUAACCGGGUGAUAGGGGAAACCAAUGAUGACCGUCUCCCGAUAGGCUGGUACGAAGUGCCUCGUGGGAUAAAACCCCUUAAUCGCUUGCCAACUGUCCCUUCUUGCGGGACAAACAAUCCAAUAUGGAGUGCAGGAACAUGGAGCAACCUGGAUUUCAUGUGCGAAGAAAGUGCUUACAAUAGCUGUUUCGAACCCUUCUUUGUCCUGUCAGCAACUUGUGGAAGAAAUAAAGUCUAUUCUCUGAACGGCGGUAGCUUUUGGGAUCCUAUCAACUUUUGUUUUGAAUGCCGAUCUGGUCCCUUGGAUAUCCUCAUAAUUGAGGAUGUGUCUUACUCAGUUAUGAACAACGAUUACCAGAAGAUGAAGGAGUUCGUCCUCCGCAUGGUCAAGGGCAUCAGUAUCAGCGCUGAGGGCAACAGAGUCGCUUUUAUGUCUUUCACCAAAACGGCAAAGGUUGGGUUUCAUUUGAAUACUUAUGCCAACAAAACCAACGUUCUGGCAGCCAUACGAUCACAACACGGAGAGGGCGGCGGUACCAUGAUAUCCAGUGCUAUAGAACUAUCAGUGUUUGAUGUUUUCACGCACCCCAACGGCGACAGAGUUGAUGAAGAUAACAUCGUUGUGGUCCUCACUGAUGGUGUAAGCAAAGAUGAUUCCAGUCUCGAAUCGCACCUUGCGGAUUUGAAAGCAAAGGCCGAGAUUUACGUGGUGACAGUCGGCUCCAUGGUGAGCAAUUCCACGGUGAAUGAAGUCGCAUCCUCAUCGGAUCAUGUUCUGAAACUAGGUGAUCAGACCACGGAAGAGGUGAUCACAUCUGCCCUCAACCCUGAUCCCAACUGUGGAUCAAACGAGGGACCAGCAGAGGGACCAGCAGAGGGACCAGCAGAGGGAUCAGCAGAGGGAUCAGGAAAGGGAUCAGGAGAGGGACAAGCAGAGGGACCAGCAGAGGGACCAGCAGAGGGACCAGCAGAGGGACCAGCAGAGGGAUCAGGAGAGGGACAAGCAGAGGGGCCAGCAGAGGGACCAGGAUAGGGAUCAGGAAAGGGAGCAGCAGAGGAAACAACCAUGUAUGUGGGACGCUGAGCAGGAGAUAGAAAUUGUCUCAAAUAAAUGAAUAAGUUGCA